GCGGUGAAUGGAUCUCGUCGACUUCUACUGCUUCAGUCGACAACAAAUAGACCUCACAGUAGUAAAAUCUCGAGCUCCGAAAUCUCCAUCGCUCGUAUCGAUUAUUUUUUCCCCCUCGUCCUGAUCAAAUCACCGACGAGAUCGAAGAUGGGAGGAGGAAUGGAGGUGAACAAGAACAAGUUCAUCGAGGACUGGAACGCCGGCCGCGAGAACCUCGAGUUCAACUUCCGAUGGACUCGCCGCAACCUCGCUCUCGUCGGAAUCUUCGGCAUCGCCGUCCCAAUCCUCGUCUACAAGGGCAUCGUUAGAGAAUUCCAUAUGCAGGAUGAGGACGCUGGCCGCCCUCCGAGGAAGUUCCUGUGAGGGAGGGGAAAGAAAGAAGCAAGCUUUGGUCUCUUUGUUUCGAUGAUAAUAAUGGUAAUGUUGCUAUGUUGACCAAUUGAAAUAUUACUGCUUAUUUUGUUCAACUGUGUGAAAAAGGAACCAUUUUGAAUACUACUGUGUUUUAUUUGUGACUACGUUUGAGGUUUUGUUUCUAUGUUUCAUGCUACAUCUUACAAAAAUUGCUUGUUUUGUUGCAAUGUGGUAUCAGUUUGGAUA